CUGCAACUUAAACUGUCAAGAGUGGAAAAUCGGGAAACGGGACGCUUAUUUCGCGCAAGAAGGUGAGAAAAUAAAACACACAACCUGCUGUGCAAAGGUCGCGUACUGCUUUUUCGGGUUUCGGUGCAGAAGCCCCCGGGGGCCAGGGACAUCCUCACACACGCCAGCAACACAACAUGUCGGUACCACCGUUAACCGGUGGCCAGCCAUUUGCUCCUUCGCUAGUGUCACACUUUAACAUUCCCCCGCCGGGUUUUGGUGCACCCAGUGGGGGUGGUGCAGGCGGUCCAGUUGCCCCGGUUGCUGCCGCGGUAGCCCUAGCGGCUGCUGCUGCCGCUGCGGCCAAUGGAUCGAUCGUUGAUCCGGCUGCCGGUGUCACCCCGGGAGCCGGCGGCCCGCUGACCGAAUGGUCGGAACACAAAACACCCGAAGGCCGCACGUACUACUACAACAGUAUCACCAAGCAGAGCUUGUGGGAGAAACCGGACGAGCUGAAAACACCGGCCGAAAAGCAGCUAAGCCAGUGCCCCUGGAAGGAGUACCGUUCGGAUACGGGCAAGCUGUACUACCACAACACGCUCACAAAGGAAUCGCAAUGGGUGGCGCCACCCGAGUAUCUGGAGCUGAAGGAAAAGGUGGCCGCCGAACAGGCAGCUGCCGAGGCGGCCAAAGCUGCCGCACUGAAAACAUCCGCCAUGGCAAGCAGCAUGCUGAUGCAGUCCGUUGUCCUGCCCGUCGUGUCACCGGCCCUUGCCGGUACACCGGCGCCCACCACAUCCAGCACGGUACCGGCAGCCGCUGUAAGUGAUGUGCCGCUCGGACAAGGUACGCUCGCCGGUGUAACACCUGGUUCGGCGGAAAAUUCUUCCUCCGCCCUGGAUCAAGCGAUGGCAGCCACACUGGCUGCCAUAGAAGUCCCGGACGAUCCGAUCGAUAAACGAGACGAUGAAUCGCAGCCGGGCCACACCGACGAUGAACCGGCCAUGGAGUUUAAAGACAAAAAGGAAGCGAUCGAAGCGUUCAAAGAAUUUCUCAAGGAGAAAAACAUUCCCUCGAGCUCGUCCUGGGAGCAGUGCGUGAAGAUCAUCCAGAAGGAUCCGAAGUUUAACGUGUUUAAGAAGCUUAGCGAAAAGAAGCAAGCGUUCAACGCGUACAAAACCCAGAAGCUAAAGGACGAGCGCGAGGAGCAACGGCUAAAGGCGAAAAAAUCGAAGGAAGAGCUGGAAAAGUUCCUCAUGUCGUCAGACAAGAUGAACAGUUCGCUCAAAUUUUAUCGCUGCGACGAAUUGUUUGCCAAUCUGGACGUGUGGAAGUCCGUGCCGGAACAGGACCGGCGGGACAUCUACGAAGAUUGCAUUUUUAAUCUGGCAAAGCGGGAAAAGGAAGAAGCGAGGGUGAUGAAGAAGCGUAAUAUGCGCGUCCUUGGUGAACUGCUCGAAGCGAUGACCUCCGUCAGCUACCAAACGACCUGGUCCGAGGCGCAGGUAAUGCUGCUAGACAAUGCUUCCUUCAAGAACGACGUAAAUCUGCUCGGUAUGGACAAGGAGGAUGCACUGAUCGUGUUCGAGGAGCACAUCCGCGGCCUGGAACGUGAAGAGGACGAAGAGAAGGAACGGGAAAAGAAACGUCUUAAGCGUCAGCAGCGCAAAAAUCGUGAUCAAUUCCUUGCCCUGCUCGAUACACUGCACGAAGAGGGCAAACUCACAUCGAUGUCUCUCUGGGUCGAGCUGUAUCCGCUCAUAUCGGCCGAUCUGCGCUUUUCCGCGAUGCUCGGACAGCCCGGCUCGACACCGCUCGAUUUAUUUAAAUUUUACGUAGAAAAUCUGAAAGCCCGUUUCCACGACGAGAAGAAGAUCAUUAAAGAGAUCCUGAAGGAGAAAGAAUUUAUCGUCGUACGGACGACCACCUUCGAGGACUUUGCCACGGUGGUGUGCGAAGACAAACGAUCGGCCACGCUUGAUGCAGGGAACGUAAAGCUUACCUACAACUCACUGCUCGAGAAAGCGGUAGCGGCGGAAAAGGAACGACUGAAGGAGGAAACGCGUCGCAUCCGGAAGAUGGAGAACGAGCUGAAGGGUGUGUGGAUCGAGGCGGGACUAACGAUGGUGGAUAGUUGGGAGACGGCCCAGAAGCUCGUGAUCGAUCGCGAGGUGUACGAGCUGUACGAGAAGGAGGAUAAGGUCGAACGGUUGUGGGAGGACUUUGUGAAGGAAACGGAGGACUCAUGCAGCCAUCACCAUUCGCGGUCGAAAAAGUCGAAAAAGAGCCGAAAGCACAAGAAGAAAUCUCGAUCUUCAUCGAAAUCGCUAUCAGAAGCAUCAGAGGUGGAGUACGAAAAGCCAUCGUCCAAGAAGAAGCGACGAUCACGCUCCCGAACACCCCUGACGGCAAGUGAUCUAUCGGAAAGUGAGCACGAACUGCACGAAGAACCGUUACACCAUCAUAACGAUCAUCACGGCACCGAACGGUUGGACCGGAAGCGGAAAAAGAAGAAAAAGCAUCACCGCAAACCAUCCCGCUCACCCUCGUACGAAGAAGUGAUAGUGAUGGAGAAAAAUGGCGGUGGUGGUGGUGCGUCGCGGUCCCGAUCACCCUCACCGGAGAUUGAGAAGAAAAAGAAAAAGAAGGACAAAAAGAAAAAGGACAAACGCCGUACGUCUCGAUCGAUUAGCCGGGCUAGUAGCGGCGGUGGCCGUAUCCGCAGUCCACUGGACGAUGGUCGUCGAAGUAGUCGAUCGCCCAAAAUGGCGGACGAUGCGGCAUUGAGCGAAUCGGAGCUAGAAUCGCAACGAGCAGCACUGUUGGCGCAACUUAACGAACAGAUGGAUGAGUAG